AUGUGCCCCGGCGCCGCCUCACCCACGCCGCUUCCAAACCACGGCGCCUCUCCCCACCUUGAAACCCUCCUUGUAAAAUCCGCCGGCAUCGAUGUCUGGUGUUCGCUCCGAGAAAAGGAUGGAGAAGCGGUGCAGACGCCGCGCCUCUCGCCGAGAAAACCUCGACGCGAGUUCCCCACCCUCCUCUUCCCGAUAAACACAAAUUGGUUCGAUAGGGCGCUGGCCCCGGGCGCGGCCGAACUGGCCCGGGCGGGACUUCCACCGUGCGCCACGCCCAUACGCUUCCGCAGUGCGUCGCGUGGGGCACCGGUCCUCCCGCGGAGGGCUCAGAGGCCGCGGGCGCCCGUAUUCCCCGCCCUUCCUCUGCCCGGCGCCCCCUGCAACUGGGGCGCGGGUCUGGAAGCUUCUCUGGGUGGCCAAAACUCAGGCUGCCGAAUGAGUGGCCCGAGAGCAGAGCAACCGCUUGGGCAGCGCCCGCCGCCCCCACACCACGCGCAGCCCACCCGGCACGCGAUGCACCCGCAGGCGAUAGGCCAUCCAACGCGCCCCGAAUCCCCCGCGACACCGAAACUAAUUAACCGCUGCGGUUGCCGUGGGGGGCGGAGGGUCGGGCAAAGUACGGCUAGGGCGGCCUUCGCGAUUUUGUGCGNGGUGCCAGCUGAGUGGGUGGAUA